ACACCAAACACUUCUAUCUCUCUUUAAUUAAUUCUCUCUAGCCAUGACAAAGGACGUUGAAGUGGCGGAGCACCACGGCGGAGGCAGCGAGUACGCCGCUAAGGACUACCAUGACCCACCUCCAGCACCCUUGAUCGACGGCGAAGAGCUCACCAAAUGGUCUUUCUACAGAGCUGUCAUCGCUGAAUUCAUUGCCACCCUCCUUUUCCUUUAUAUUACCGUCUUGACAGUGAUCGGAUACAAGAGCCAGACUGAUCCCACCUUAGACACCGAUCAGUGCGGCGGCGUUGGCAUCCUCGGCAUCGCCUGGGCCUUCGGUGGCAUGAUCUUCGUUCUCGUUUACUGCACCGCCGGUAUCUCUGGAGGACAUAUCAAUCCUGCGGUAACAUUUGGGCUGUUUUUGGCCCGAAAGGUGUCGUUGAUUAGGGCAGUCGCGUACAUGAUCGCGCAGUGUGCGGGUGCAAUAUGUGGUGUUGGUUUGGUGAAAGCUUUCCAGAGUUCCUACUACAAUAGGUACGGAGGUGGGGCGAACGAAUUGGCCCCCGGUUACAAUAAGGGCACCGGACUAGGUGCGGAAAUCAUCGGCACCUUUGUUCUUGUAUACACCGUGUUUUCGGCUACCGAUCCUAAGAGAAGCGCACGAGACUCUCAUGUUCCCGUAUUGGCACCACUACCCAUAGGGUUUGCAGUGUUCAUGGUACAUUUGGCCACCAUCCCCAUCACCGGUACCGGAAUCAACCCCGCCAGAAGCUUCGGCGCCGCCGUCAUUUACAACAACGAAAAAGCCUGGGAUGAUCAAUGGAUCUUUUGGGUCGGACCGUUUCUAGGAGCGGCAGCGGCGGCGUUCUACCACCAGUUUGUACUGAGGGCAGCAGCCAUUAAAGCACUCGGUUCUUUCAGAAGCAAUGCGUAAUUAAUUAAAACAAGAAUAAAACUGGACGAAUGGCGGUAAUUAUUGUAUGCAUUCGAGUGUGGUUUUCCAGUUGAUGAGGAGAAUUGUUGAAGUUAAAAUGGAUGGAUAUGUGAGUGUGGAAGUCUGCAAUUGUAGAUAAUAAUUUAAUUUCCCUUUCAGAAAUGUAAUUUCUUUCCUUUUUUUAUUAAAUUAAUGUGAAUCUUGAGUCUUGUUAUAAGUUGUCAUGUUUUAUUUUAAACCAGGAGGAUUCUUGGACAA